CUGACCAUCUCCACCAGUAUUUUAUUAACCUCGGUGCAUUGAAAAUGGUCGACUUAGGUUACAUUCAUAUAAAGUUUGGAGACUAAAUUAUUAAAUCAAGACUGCAAGUUUAGGGACCAGGUCAACGGGUUUUGGUCUUUUAUUUUUGUCAUCGGCAAGUCGUCUUCUUCACUUGUAGAGUCACAGAAACCAUUCCAUCUGAUCCAUGUCAUCCACAUCCAGAAGCACUCCCAACCCAAGAUGGAUCUACGAUGUGUUCUUGAAUUUCAGGGGCAGAGACACUCGUGCAAUAUUCGUUUCUCAUCUAUACAACUCUCUCACAAAUGCAGGGAUUUAUGUUUUCAAGGAUAACGAGGAGCUUCCCCUGGGAGGGCAGAUCUCUGAGUCACUUUUACAAGCAAUCCAAGUUUCUAACAUCGCUAUUAUUGUUUUCUCAAGAAACUAUGGGAACUCAAAAUGGUGUCUAAAAGAGCUGGAGAAAAUCAUGGACUGUCGCAGAACCAAACGUCAGGUGGUGAUCCCCGUUUUCUAUAACAUAGAUCCUUCAGAUGUUGGUUACCAGAAGGGCGCGUUUGGGAAAGCUUUUCAACAACUUAGGAAAAGAGUCUCAAACCAUGAAAUCAGAGUCUGGGAGAAAAUUCUCGGUGAAGCUAGCAAAUUGUCCGGAUUUCAUCUGAAUAAUUCCAGAUUUUCGUGCGUCGAUAAGAAUAUUCGUGGCCUUCCAAUUUUCAAGACGUUGACCCGAAAAUAAUCACUAGAAUUGAUCUAGUAGUGAGGGAUUUCAGUAUUAUGCAUGAUGUUUUAGACUCAAACCUAAUUGCUAUCAGGUAAAACAGAAAGUUGGUUAUUCAUAUAAAAAUGUCACCUGAAGAUAAUAGCUAAGAGGUAGUUAGUCAUGUUCUUAACUAGGUGACUUCUGUGAUGGCCAUCUUUGUUCCAUGGCUAACGUGGCUACAAGUGACUGACAAAUCACAAGUGACUGACAAAUCACAAUGAGACACGUGAAAGAUAGAAUAUUUGCUGACCAUGAUUUUGACCGGUGUGGUAAAUGUUUUUAUUUUUUUGUCUUGGCUUCUCACU